AUGCAGCCCCGCCGUACACUCCAGCGGCGCAUCGUCUACAAACCUGAGCGCGAGCCUGAGGAGCCCGGCUCUCACCUGCGCCGUGGUGGCACGCAAGCCGUUGCUGUGAAGCAGAAGCAGCAGGCCACCACGCCUACCCAGCUUUACUAUACGCACCUGGUGCAGAAGCUGUCCAAAGAAGACUUUGGGAAACGUGACAGCAAAGCAAAUGACACGCUCUCUGCCCAUGUCGACUUCGAAGGCGGCGAGGAGCCCCGGUGGGCAACGUUGUUCGAGGACAUACCGGACACCGGGGAUAGAGGGGUCUCGAUACGCUUCACCAACACCACUGACCUCAUUGGGGGAGAUCCCCACGCGUUCGUGACCGCCGCCGGACCAAAUCGCUUUGUCACCGAGUACUACAUCGAAGGACACCGCUUUGUUCACGGAAACGUCGUCAUCCUCCUCCAUCGCAUACUCCACGAGCCCGCUGUUCGCAAUCUGCAAACAGAACCAAAGGUCAAUCCGCCAGCGUUCGAGUCCCUGCAGCUGCUGGACCAGAGCGGCACGUACAUACUGGAGGCAAAGGUGCGUGUCCAGGAUUUCAAGGAUGCAUCUGUGUUGGAGUCUGGUGUCAAUGAGCUCAAGAGGUUCCAGACGCAGAUGAAAGGCUGCGUAGAACUGACUUUGCCUGAUCGUCUCACUAUGGACACACGAGUUAAAUACAAGCCACCGCCUGGGGCUAUCACCAAGGCUCAAGUACAAGCACAGGCGCAAGGUCAACCGCAGAAUCGUUGA